AUGAACGCCUUGAACGAUUCCAUAUUUGACGAUACCUCAACGGACGGUUCAAUACUGCAACAACCACAACAACAGCAACAACAUGAUCAUCAGCAACAAAACGAGCAGCGACAACAACAACAACAGCAAGAACCACCGCAAGAUAUGGGUCUCCUCUUUGAAUUGAUUGAAAGCCGGGAAUGGGAAGGCGUCAUUUCCUUUUGCAAUCAAGUCCCAGAUGCCGCGAGUAUUGGUCGAGUCUAUGCCGAAGACAUUUUGAACUUGCCAUUGCACGAAGUGCUAAAACAACCCCAUCCUUCGUGGACAGUGAUUAAUCUAUUAUUGAACAUGUACCCCGAAGGCAUUGCCAAAAAGGGAUAUCAAGGGAAUCUUCCUCUGCAUUAUGCCUGUUCCAAUGAAACCAUUUCCAUAGAGAUCCUCCAAGGAUUGCUGGAAGCUUAUCCCACGGCAACCCGACUGCGGAACGAUGAGGAUUCCUUGCCGAUUCAUUUGGCCUGUCAACACUUGAGUGAACUGGAUUCUAUACUAGCCAUACUACAAACACAUCCGGAAGGAGCUUAUCUACGAGAUGCCGAUGGCUUUACAGCCUUGGAUUAUGCCUCGGCAUCUUCCAACAUUGGCACGUCCAUGAAUACGACCUUGGAACAAAUGGCACCCAUCUUGGUGGAAACGGCCAAGGCCGCGGCCGAACGCAAGUCGGAGGAAACCAAUCAGAAAAUCAAGGGGAUUCAAGAAGCACAUGAAGAAUAUAUACGGCAAUUGGGAUUUCGAGAGGAAGAUUUGGAACAAGAAUUCAUGGAGGCUCAAAUUGACCUGCAGGACCAACUGUCGGAGGAAAAGGAACGCAACAUUUCCUUGGCCGAACGAAUCUUGAAAAAGGAGCGCACAUUGCAAGACUUGCAAACCCAAGUGGACCAAUUGACCAACAUGAUAAAAGAUGAACGAGUGGAUCGACAAUUGGAAAUGGCCAAACAACAACAAGAAUACAAGGAAAUCUUGGGGAUUAAUACUGUAAGCAACAAUGAAAAUGGUAGUGCUGCAGAACAAGCAUCCUCGCCAUCCGCAAGGUCAUUGGUAUCGUUGAGAUCAGCCUCCCCAUCCACAUCUAAGUCACCCAUUCGAACCAGCAAAAAUGUCGAUAUGAAGACUCAUUUGUCCACCUUGGUCCAGCGUUACAAUUUGCAACAAAAGGAACUUGCCGAAAUGGCCAAAGACUUGACCUACAAUACCAACAUGGUCCGCAAUUUGAACGAACUUUUGACCUCCAAGGACGAACACAUUGGAGAACUCAAACAAGAAAAUUUUGACCUAAAGCAAGAAAAGCAAGCUCAACAAACACAAAACGAUGGUUUGCAAAAUUCGCUCCAAGCGACACAAGACGAAUUGUUGGAUGCCAAACAAGAAGUCCAGCGAUUGUCCAAAAUGUACGAACAACAAUCGGAACAACUGACCGAAGCCAAUCGAAUUGUGAGGGUACAAGAAAGUCGAUUGGCGUCCAUCAAGUCUCUGGCACAAUCAUUGUCGUUCAAUAUUGAAAGUUGGGAUCUGGACGAUCAACAAAAGGAAGGAGAGGCGGAAACUUGGGGGCACCAACCGCAAAUACAACAACGACCACAAUCGCAACCCCAGCCACGACGGUCGCAAUUGCCAGAACAGCAGCCGCAGGAUCAGCUACAAGAAGAACAAGACCAGUUGCAGCCAAGUCCGACGGACGAAGACCAACACAUUUCCAGUAGAUUUGAAGUACUCGAGGGAAUGGAAACCAUUCGACAGAAUGAUCAAUACGAUCAUCAUGGCGGAAACCACAAUGCAUUGAUGAAACAAGGGAGAAUGUCACCAAUGCCCAACAACAAGCAGCAGCAACAGCAGGCCCUGAUGAUGGCAGAUGACAAGGAAGAUUAUUCGUUAAAGACCAAUGAAACUGGCUUGUCUACCCGGAAUGAAGAGAGUACUUUGCCGUCGAGUCCCGGCGAAGAGUCAUCGUCGUUGUCGAGCCCGGCGAGACCACCAAUGGGGGCCACGAGGCAAACCAGUGAUGACUAA